AUAUAAACAGCGGGCACAGGCACGGCCGGGAUGCUGCCGCGGGACGGGCCGGGCUGGCCGGGAGCAGGGGCAGCGCUCGGGGCUGAGAAUUGAAGAUGGCAGAGCUGGAAAGCACAGUCAUAAACACCAAUGUAAACCAGAAAGACCCCAGCACAGCACUGGUCAUUGCUGUGACCACCAGAGCCAUCUUCAACCUGGAGGAAGAGCACAAGCUCUACCUGGAGAAGGGCAAGGAGGAGUACACAAGGCACCAGCAGGCCAACCAGGACAAGCCCCUGCCACCAGGCACAGCCUUUGCCUUCAUCCAGGCAGUGCAGUAUGUUAACAAGAAGAUCCUGGAGAGCAGCCCAGCAGAGAGGGACCUCUUUGACAUCCUGGUGCUCUCCAACAACAGCCCAGAGAGCGGCGUGCGCAUCAUCAACAGCGCCAAGCACUACGGGCUGGAGAUCUCCAAGUUCUGCUUUGUCAGCGAUGAGGACUCCACACAGUACCUGAAGUCCCACGGUGUGAAGCUGUUCCUCUCAGCUGACAGGACAGAUGUCUGCAAUGCCCUCCGGAGAGGGGUCUCGGCGGCGCUCGUCUUCCAGCAAGAGGUGCAGGCCCCCAGCACUCCACUCCGCGUGGUGUUUGACGGGGACGCCGUGCUCUUCUCGGAUGAGACAGACCAGAUCUUCCAGGAGCAGGGCCUGGAGGGGGCAGUGCAGUACGAGCGGGCCAUGGAGGCUGUCCCCAUAGGAGAGGGCCCCCUGAAGGCUUUUGCCAUGCACCUCGGGAAGCUGCGUAAGAAGUUUGGCCAGGGAGAGUCCCCCAUCCGCACCUACCUGGUGACAGCGCGCAGCGGCCGGGACAUGGGCGUCCGAGCCAUCAAAACGCUCCGGGAAUGGGGACUGCCCAUCGACGAGGCUUUCUUCAUGGAUGGGGCUCCCAAAGGCCCCAUCCUCGCCCAGAUCCAGCCUCACAUUUUCUUUGAUGAUGGGCUUCAUAACAUCCAAGGGGCCCAGAAUGUGGGGGUUCCCUCUGCCUGGGUCCCUUCCUGCUGCUGAUGGGCUGCAGGCCAGAAGUCCUCCCUUCCAGCAACACUAUGGGGACUGGGUCAGUUGGAGGCAAAACUUCUGGUGGAGAAGGAAAGAUCUCCUGACGUGCAGCAAGCAAAUCUCAGGGAAAGGGAACGAGAGCAUGGACUCGCAUGCAAAGCUUGAUGCAUAUUUCUGCUCCUCAUAAGAGGUUCUUUACGUCUUAGGAUAAAGCCAAAAGACACAACUGCUCCAGGAUGGGAAGACACCUUUGCUGUGACACUGAGGACUACACCUACCUGCCAUGUAGGACCUGGGGACUUUCUCAAAGAAAUUAGUGAAGCUAAUGCCAUACACACAAGAUGAAAGGAGCAAGAAAAAAAAAUGCUAGUUUUGGCUG